AUGCGUCGCCUUACAUCAACUCCGUCAGUCACAAAGACUUUAAAUGCACAAAGAUCCGUAUUACCUAUCGCUCGCAAAAAUGGGCCAUCCCUCACAAUCGUACGUCAAUUUCAAGGCUCAAUUGUGACCCGAAAGAAGUUUCAGUAUCGCGGUGCGAAGCCGAUAUUUCCUGAAGAGGAUUAUCACAAAGCUCAACCGCGGAGGGAUCAGGAUGGAAGGAUGAUAUGGCCUGCCCCCAAGAGUCAGAUUGAGAAAGCAAAAGAUUUUAUUCGUGAAUGUGCCGCCGCCGGUAAACGGACUCUUAUCGUCCCUGAUAAAGACGCCGAUGGCCUUGCUGCUGGAGCCAUCAUAAGAAAAACUCUCAUCUUGCUCGGCCUUGACCCCAAGUUGAUAUCGGGCUACACGAUGAACAAAAACAGCUUUCUAAACUAUAGGGAUUCUCGUACAAACAUGGAAGCUUACAAGCCAUCUUACAUCAUUGUCCUCGACCAAGGCUCAUGGAAAUCAGAGCCUGUAAUCGACUCACCCCAUCGCGCGUUAGUCAUUGACCACCAUCUCGCAGAGAAUGACGAUCACCCCGAGGGCGCGAUAUUAGUGACGGCGAACAAAUGUCCACCGAUAGCUACAAGCUCGUUGCUGACUUAUCUCAUCUGCCGCGACUUACAAGAAGGGGUCGAGGAAGCAUGCGGCUGGUUAUGUGUCAUGGGAACACAUGGCGAUCUGGGCAAUGCAAUCAGAUGGCGCUCGCCAUUUCCGAACAUGGAAGCGACGUUUAAGACGCAUACCAGAAGGUCGAUAAAUAGUAGUGCAAUGUUCAUCAAUGCUCCUCGCCGAACCGCAGCCUACGACGUCCCCAGAGCUUGGAAAACAUUGAUCGAGGCCUCAUCACCCAGAGACCUUGUCAGGAAUAAGUUUUUAAAGGAAGCAAGGGCUCAAGUGAUAUUUGAAAUGAAGAGGGCCGGUCGCGUGGUGCCCAAGUUUUCUGCCGAUAAAAAAAUCGCAGUAAUCCGCAUCAACUCGAAAGCACAGAUUCAUGCUGUCAUUGCAACACGUCAAGCUCGUGAAUUGUUUUCAAGAGAUCUCCAAGUUGUGAUGGUAGCGAAUGAAGGUUACGCGCGAGGCGUUGUCAAUUAUUCGUGUCGCGUUCCAACGUGCGCCAGAGGCAGAGAUCCUCCCGUCAACAUCCCAGAAAUUCUUGUUCAAGCAGCAGAUCGAGCAGACGACAAAACGCUGAGAGAGCGAUUGGGACCUAGAUUCGCUGUUGGUCACAAGAACGCAAGCGGCGGAAUGAUUCCCCAAGCUGAAUUCGAGGAAUUCUUGGAGGUCAUCGGAGUCGAAUCAGUCAAUAAAAAGCCAUCGCCAUCGCCUUCGCCGAAGAAAUCACCAAAGGGUUCUGCAAAUUAG